AUAGAAGGAGAGAAAAGAAAUAAGACUCGGAGAGAAACGAGCGAACACCUCAGUGUCUCUCUCUCUCCCCUCUUCCUCCCGUCCUCCGAUCCCCGCAGUCGCUGGUGCGGUGCGAGGGUUUAUAGCUCAGCUUGUAGGGUUCACGGGUUGCAGCGCAGCGUGGUGCGGUAGUAGGUCGUGUGGACUUGUGUGGUCUGGUCGCGUGCCGUCCACCGUCCCAUGGCGGCGGCGCGGUGGGCGGCGGCGCUGGUGACGCUGGCCGUCGCGGGUUUGGCGGCGGGACCCCGCGGUUGUGGCGCGCAGCCGGUGGUUCUUGCAAGCUACGGCCAGGACAGGCUCUGGCUCCAGCCCUACGACUGGAGCUACCUGCGAGUUGAGCUACCACAGUCAUUUUCUUCCAUCACCAUGGAUUUCAUAACCGACAGAGACACUCCGAGGGAGCACUUAAAAGAUCUUCCGAGAGGCGAUCUUGCUAUCAUCUGUUUGAUGAUUGCCAACCCUCCUAUUCCUGAUACAUCGGAUUAUUAUCUGGACAAGUUAUUAUCAAACUUUCUUGACGUUGGAUCUUUUGGCAAUACAAAUAAUCAGUCAAUGGCGCAAUGCAUACCAUUUCAGAAAAACACGACAAUUGUGUUAACAAAUGAACAGAUAUCGCCAGGAGUUUGGUACAUUGGUUACUUCAAUGGCCUUGGACCUGCGCGCACACAGUCAAAGAUGAUUAGCCGAGGGAGAGCACGUUCAGUGAGCACUAGCAUUACAGUAGAAGGAUGUCCCACUUCAGCUUUAUGGGGACCCUACUGCAACCAAACAAUUGAAAUGAUCGGUUGCUCUCGUUUUUCAAGAUAUAACAACUCAAGAAAUCUUUUAGACCUGAAUAUUGACUUGCGGAGAACUUUGAAUACUAGCGAAAACAAUAGACGUACCAACUUCGUAUCAAGGUCGAACCAUCUAACCAGACAGCAACUUGACUCCAAUACUACUGCCUUACUGAGGGCAGAGAAUCUGAUCACUUGUUCCAUUUCGAACGAUUCAUUAUGCUUCAGGCAAGGGGAUAUGAAGUUUUACUUCUUGGACAUAGUCAGCCUAGAAUUGCAAUUUGAGAUUACAGCUGCAAAUUUUGGACUACUUCAAAGUUCAUCAUUAAUUUGUUACAUGCGCUACAACGCCUUCCCUCAGAGGGAUUUGCAUGAUUAUUCAGGUGAUAUUAGCAGGGCUCCCUUGGUUAUAAAGUUGCCAAAUAUUGGACGAUGGUAUAUCGCAAUGGAGACUGUGAACAGAACACAGAUGAACAAUACAUCAUCAACACCUAUGCUGGAGAUAACUUGUUUCUCAUUUGAUUGGCAAGUAACUGGAUGUCUGAAUGGAAAAGCCGGAAUCAAUUGCUCAUGGCAGUCAUAUGUGCUCCAGCAAAGCUCCAUGGGUUGUGGGGAAAUUAUAUCUACCCACACUGGGAUGAUCCCUUGGCCAGUUAACAUGAUGUGGCAGCUCAAUGGAACUGACUAUUUUGGAAAGUGUUGUGGGAGGGUUCCUAAAAGAAAUCCUUCUGUCCCUUUCGAGUCAUAUUAUGUUCCUACUGGUGGGAGGGCAUCGCUGGAAUAUAGCCACUUCUCACUCGAACAGUUUUUAAGCAAUUCAUCCUCUGAGCAAUUUGCAUGGACUUAUUUCUUUUUCGAUGUUCCCCAAGGUUCAGCGGGUGCACUUAUUCAUGUCCAGCUAAAGUCAGAUAAAGAAUUGGAUUAUGAGCUGUACUCAAAAUAUGGUGGUUUACCAUCAAAUGAUAGUUGGGAUUAUUAUGCAAGCAGGACGAGUAGCAGUAAUGGUUCAAUAUUUUUUUCAUUACGCAAUUCCACGAAUUCAGAUAUGGAUCUAUCUAUUUUUUAUGCCAAGGAGGGAACUUGGUGCUUCGGAGUUAAACAUCCGAAUGAUACAUCAAAUUUUCAAACGCUCAUGUCUGUGUCUCUUCAAGGAUGCCAUAGAAACUGUAAUCAGAAAGGUGUGUGCCAUUCUUCAGUUGAUGAAAGUGGGUUAACUUUCUACAGCUUCUGCAUCUGUGAUCGUGAUCAUGGUGGGUUCGAUUGCAGCGAUGAAUUAGUUUCACCUAAUGGGCACAUGUGGCAGUCUGUCUUUCUAAUUGCAUCAAAUGCUGCAGCUAUUUUACCUGCUUUCUGGGCCCUCCGACAAAAGGCGUUUGCGGAAUGGAUUCUCUACACAUCUAGUGGAAUUUCCAGUGCUUUAUACCAUUCAUGUGAUGUUGGCACCUGGUGCAUACUAUCUUUUCAUGUAUUACAGUUUUUGGAUUUUUGGCUUUCAUUCAUGGCUGUUAUUGGUACAUUCAUAUAUAUGGCUACAAUUAAAGAAGAUUCAAAACGAGCAAUGCAUACUGCUGUGUUUAUUCUCACAGCUAUUUUAGCUGCAACUGGUGCCACCAGAUCUGCAAAUAUCAGUAUUGUCGUUGCUAUUGGUUCUCUCGGCCUGCUUGUUGGAUGGCUAUUGGAAUUCUCUACGGCACGGAGAUUUACAUGCUGCUCAUGGCGAAUUGACCUUAAUGUGCCUCCAAGAUGGCCAAACUUUGGGGCUUUGUUCUGGAAUACUCUGGACAAGUUGAACAAACGAUUUCAUUGGUUAUAUCUACUUUUUGGUUUCAUCACAUUAUCUUUUGCAGCUAUAAGCUGGAAGCUAGAAUCAAAUAGUACCUAUUGGAUUUGGCACAGUCUGUGGCACAUAAGUAUCUAUACAUCUUCGUUCUUCUUCUUGUGUUCAAUGCGUCUAAAUACGGCGAACCAUAGUCCGGUGACGAACUAUGAGUUGACGAGACAAGACUCCUUACAAAGAACAGAGUCAGGAGAGACGUAAGGAAUUAUCAUUUUUGACAGGGAGACCUAAGGAAUCUUGGGACAACUGUAUAUGCUCCAUUCCUUUAUAUCUUGCUUCUAGUAACCGACUAAUAAUUAGAAUGGACAAAGGUCGUUCCUUCUGGCAGUAUGCAUGCGCAAGCUUCGGUAAUCGGUAUAUUGGCUUCCGUGCAAUUUGGUUGCAACUCACAAAUAUUGGAGGGAUCUUGGGAUUACAUGUAAUAUUCGCUGUCAGCUGCAUCAUAUGGGAAUUGUAGAUAUCGUGGUGUAGAGAAAACGUUGUUAGUGCCUUGGUGUUAUGUCCCUUUUUCCGGGACAACAGUAGUAAAAUGCCAGGGAGAGUAUCGUGUAAUUAUAUGCAACUUUAAGUUGUUCAGCUUUCAUAUUUGAUAACGUAUCGUGAGACAUCACCCUAGUGUGCAUGGUAUGGACAAGUAAAUGAAUUCCGUACCAAAAUCAUGGUGAUAAAAAUCCAUGACAAAUAAAAAUUUGGCAAAGUCAAUGUCGAUUCA